CGGUCUAGGCCAAGAACUCCCCGCAAGUGUCCGGCCAGCAGCAGCAAACAUGUUUAAGUGGGUUACGCCGGCCUCAACGGCAACGUUGUCCCGCUGCACGGCGACCACAGCAACGACAGCGACGACGACGAGAACAACAAAACCACAACUACUUUCCAUCGCUUUAACAAGUUUAAUAAUAAUAGUCGCAUCGUUUGUGCCGACAACAAGUGGAUUUAGAUCAAUUGAAGCGAAUGGCGCUGGUCGCAAGCUGUUUGGAGGCUACCGCAUCACCCCGAAGCACUGCCGGGCCACCAAGACGCUGCCCAGCUCGGAUCCGCGGGCCAAUGGACCCACCAUCUGCAUGUUCAACCACGAGUGCGCCCAGAGGGGCGGCGAGGUGGUGGGAGCCUGCAUGGACGGCUUCCUCUUUGGCGCCUGCUGCCAGAUCCCGCCCACCCACGAGCUGGCCAGCACGCUGAUCAACGAGGCCCAGAACGCCUACUUCCAGCAGCACCAGCAGCAGACGAAGCUCCAGCAGACGGCGGCCCAGUCCUCCUUCGAGAGCUACGGCGAGCAGUCCCAGCAGCAGCAAUCCCUGAGCGAGGAGCAGGUGGCCCCGCAGCCAUCGCAGAACAUCUACGAUCAGCAGAACCUGGACAAGGUGUACCAGCAGUUGGGCAGCAGCAGCAUCAGUCCGCCCAGUGGUGGCUAUGGGGCUGAGCCGGAGCCGGAGCAGGAGCCAGUAGCAGUGCAACCCGUUCGAGAUGAGCCUGUGUACUCCAUCAGCAGUUCCUCCACCGAGGCCACCCAGUCGCAGUCCUCCUCCGCCAGUGUGGAGUUCGAACAGGAGACCUCUCGGCCGGCAGACAUCUCCAUCGAGCAGACCACCCAGAAGGUCACUAAGCCACCCGUCCAGCCUCCGACCUUCCACGUCCACAAGCACUCCGUGACCAUCAACUCACCCUCGUUGCCUCCUCAGAACGAUGACUUUGUGAUGCAGGUGCUCAGCACUUUGCCACCGGAGCACGCCGACGACCACCACGUCGUCUUCACCACCGAGGUGCCCAUGAAGAUUGCCAGCGGUUUGCAGGAUCAAGCCAGUUCCGAGUCCAGCUCCUUUGAGGAGCUUUCCUCGACGCCUGCGGCCACCCAAAAGCCGAAGACGAAGCCCACUCCGAAACCCACGCAGAAGGCCACCAAGAAACCCACUCCGAAGCCCACGCAGAAGGCCACCCAGAAACCCACUCCGCAGCCCACGCAGAAACCCAAGCCGAAACCCGUUCCCCAGUUGGCGGAGACCAUGAAGCGACCCAUCCAGCAGAAGCCACAGGCGGUUGUGACAAUCAAGCCUAGUCCGAAACCUGCCCAGUCGUCCAAUGUCCACCAGCACAACCACAACCAUUUGGUCCUGGAUGGCGGAGAGUUCACGCACAGCGAUAUCACUCACCCCGGAGCAGAUGCCGAUCUCGUUGAGGACCUGCAGUUCUCCACGGGCUAUGGACCACAGCCUGUGUACGCAGAACCACCAAAACAGGAGCAGGAACAACAGCCACAGCAGCCGGCGGAGCAUAGCUACAUCUCUUCCAGCACCAGCGCCAAACGUCCAACGACCGGUCAGAACAGUCCCACCACCAUUUCCUCGAUUACCACCCAUGUGGACUCCAUAGAAUCCAUCAUCCUGCAGCUGAACAACACCAGCCAUGGUCCCAGCUACAAUGUGGUGAGCCAGCAGACUCCUUCAUAUGGAUACCCCGACGUUGGCCAAGUUCAUAAAGAGCCAGCCACCCAGCCGCCUUCGUUCUACCAGGAAAACGAGGCGGAGAAGGUCCAGGAGCAGGAGCAAGAGUCACAGACGCAGGAUUAUGGUUAUACCACCACUGUUAACUACGAGUCCUCCUACGAGAAGGUUUCCGAUGAGCAGGAUGCCUCGGCAGCUGUCAGCCAGUCCGCUGAGAUGCCCACCGCGCGUCCUGGCUACGGAGAAGAUGUCUCCGCCGUGCUGGAGGAUCACACGCUGCCCGCCAGUGGCUACAACGAUGCAGUGGCUCCAGUUGCUCCGCAGACCUCCGACUUCAACAAGAUGCCCGUGAUGGGCAUUGCCUACCCCGUGGAUAUGUCUUACAUGGAGGAGGAUGGUAACCUGCCCGCCACUGCCGCUGGCUAUGGCCAGGUCAGCAGUGACUCCUUCGAGGCCAGCACUGAAUCCGCAUACCAGAAGCUCUCCACCGUCCAAACGGAGCAGUCGCAGCCGGAGCCGCCGCAGCCGCCGCAGCCGGUGCCCACAUAUGUGCGUCCCACCACCAAUGCCAACAAGCAGAAUCGCCCGGUGGCCUCAUACAUUGGAAUGGUGACUAUGCAGCACUACAACCCGCAGCCCGGAAGUAAUGGCUACCAGGCCCAAGUUCCCGCCGAAGUGUCCGUGUCCUCGCACACCACCAAGGUGCAGGAGCAGUACGACGACACCUCCAAUGGCUACCAGCAAUCGGAGACCACCUCCGGCUAUGUAUCCCCACCAACAUCGGCUCCUCCACCAGCUCAGCGACCUCAGUACGACGCUGUGCAGGAAGAUGCCUCCUCGGAGCGACCCGUUCUGGUGACUGCCAGUCCCAGGCCUCGACCCAAGCCCACCACGAAGCGACCGGCCAUAAAGAGACCCAUCAGCGGGGAUAACACUAAGAGAAAGCCUCAGCCUCAGCCACAGCAACAGCCCAGUGCUGGUGCCUAUAACCAGGAGAAGAUCAGCGAGCACAGCACCAGGAAACCCGUAUCCACUGGCUACGACAAUGUACCCGAGUCGCCCAUCCAUCACAUUCAGAUCAAGAAACCAGCGGCUAAUCACCACAAGGAACAGGAGCAGAGUGGCUACCCCAGGCCAGCUAGUCCAGUAUACGAACAGACCACUGCCUCAGCUCCUGCGCCGGCUGCUCCGGUUGCUCCGGCCCUCAACUACGACAAGCCAGAUGCCCCGCCCAGCCAGUUCGACCAGCUAUCUGCUCCAUCCGCCGGCUACGAACAGCUGGCGCCGAUGCCAUCGCUCAUCUACAACGAGGAGCAGGCCAGCUCGCCGGGAAGGAGGCCGUCCACGUCCAAGCCCAUUUCCACCAGCUAUGUGACCGGACCCAGCACUCCUCGUCCGCCCGCCACCGUGGACUAUCACUACGACAAUGUACCUCCUCUGUUCAUGGCGGACGACAAGCUGGACGCCUUCAUCCAGAGCACUGCAGAGAACAUUGUAGGCUCCACGCCGGGCAACUACCAGCCCCCGCUGGUGGCCACCGCCUCGACGCCCAUCUAUGCCCAGAGGCCCACGAGCAGUGGUGUCUAUGGGCACAAGAAGCCUGGCUUCGUGCAGAUCAAUGGAACCCCGAAGCCCCCUAGGCCGACGGUCCUGAUCACACCCAAGCCCACCGCCAUUAACCUAGUGACCUACAGCACCUUGAGUGACGAUAGCAACAAACUGGCCUCCAGCGCGGCCUCCUUUGUGACCGGCAGACCCGGAGUGCAGGGAGUUAGCUCCAACGACUUCGAGGAUCCCGGAUACUUUGGCAGCAGUCCCGUGCACGUGGCCUUCACCCAAUCCACCACAGAGGCCAUCUACGCUGUGCCCUCCGACGACAAGCCUGCUUUCCCCGGCUACUUUGGGCCCACGCCCUCGUAUCCCGCCUUCUCGGUUCCAGGCGAGAAGGUCGGCCAGAAUCUGAUGGAGGAGACCUACACGUCGCCCAACGACUUCGUCAACUUCCCGCCGGUGAGGAAUCCCAAUCUGAACAUGUCUGCCGCCUCCAGCGCAGUGACCAGCGACCUGGACCUUUCCACUCCCGCCUUCGUGGAGGAUGUGGUGCUGAAGGACAAGAUGCACACGCUGGUCCACAAGUUGGUGGCCUCGCUCCAGGGCAACUUCGAGGCCCUGGCCGAUAUGAUAGAGGAGCCGGGAAGCAACAAGACCGUGGCCACCUACCAGGCCGGAGCAGGAGGAGCAGCCAAGCCGGUGAGAGUGGCCACCACGCGCAAGCCCGUGAAGGCAGCCACCACAGCCAAGCCGAAGGUGACCACCAAGAAGCCCGUGACUCGGGUCACGACCAAGGCUCCCAACAAGAAGACGUCCGCCGUGAGCAGCACUACCAAGAAGCCCGUUACCCGUCGCACCACCGUGGCUCCCAAGGUAACCACCACCACCCGGAAGCCGGCGACCAAGAAGCCAACCCGCCGGGUGAGCAGCACCGUGAAGACCACCACAGUGAGCUCGGCCCGGCCGGCGGACGAUGAGAUCGUGGACGAGGAGGACGAAGAGGACGUGAACCCCAAUCCCAGCGAGAACGAGGUCGACCAGGGCGCCACCCUGAGUUCCUACGGCGGAGCCAACGGCCGGAAGAUUCAGUGCGGUGUGCGGCCCCAUGUCAAGUCCGGCCGCAUCGUCGGCGGCAAGGGCUCCACCUUCGGCGCCUUCCCCUGGCAGGUCCUCGUCCGGGAGUCCACCUGGCUGGGCCUGUUCACCAAGAACAAGUGCGGCGGCGUCCUCAUCACCAGCCGCUACGUCAUCACCGCCGCCCAUUGUCAGCCCGGUUUCCUGGCCUCUCUGGUAGCCGUCAUGGGCGAAUUCGACAUCUCCGGCGACCUGGAGAGCAAGCGUUCCGUGACGAAGAAUGUAAAGCGUGUCAUUGUCCACCGGCAAUACGAUCCGGCCACGUUCGAAAACGAUCUCGCCCUGCUGGAGCUGGACAGUCCCGUGCAGUACGAUACCCAUAUAGUGCCCAUUUGCAUGCCCAAUGAUGUGGCUGACUUCACUGGACGCAUGGCCACCGUGACCGGCUGGGGACGCCUCAAGUACGGCGGAGGAGUGCCCUCUGUCCUGCAGGAGGUGCAGGUGCCAAUUAUCGAGAACAGCGUUUGCCAGGAAAUGUUCCACACUGCUGGCCACAACAAGAAGAUUCUCUCCUCCUUCCUGUGCGCCGGUUACGCCAAUGGCCAGAAGGACUCCUGCGAGGGUGACAGUGGUGGUCCGCUGGUGCUGCAGCGACCGGAUGGGCGGUACGAGCUGGCCGGAACCGUUUCCCACGGCAUCAAGUGUGCGGCGCCGUAUCUGCCGGGCGUCUACAUGCGCACCACCUUCUACAAGCCCUGGCUGCGCAGCAUAACGGGCGUGAAAUAGGGAGGCACCUCCAGAGCAUCAGAUCCUCCAGAGCCUCCGAGAUGGCCCGGUGGACUCCGACUAGCUGCUGGGGAAGGAGCAACAAGUGUAAAUAGAACGUAGAGUUGUAAGAGUCGUGGAGCGUUACAAAAGUUGACUCAACUUUUUGGCGACGUCGCAUUUUCCGAACCCUUCCCCGAGAAUCCUCCUCCCUGCAACUUUCAUUAGCUUAAUUGAAAAUCAACUGCAGCAACUUCAAACGAAAUACGCUGGGGACUCGCACAUCCCGGGGAUUGAAUAUUCUGUUUAAGCCGGCUGCAGGUUCCGUCUUUUUAGUACGCGUGCCUAACACUUGUAGAGUCUGAAUGAGAAUUACGCUAAUUGAGAGCCGUAUGCUUAAGACAUAUUUAUUCUAGUUCUAAGCCUAUUUAUUUGACUAUUUAUUUAUUUAUGCGAGGAAGCGAAGCGAUUUGUGCGUUUGAUUCAACUAAAAAAAUUGUUAUUCUCAUAGGCAAAUUGUUGUUAUGUUCAAAUGAAAGCGAGAGCAAAUGUUUUUAGUUCAAUUGAAUUUACUAAUUUAUCGAUUUAUAUUAUUAAUUUUUUUAUCUAAUUACGUUUUAUGUUAAUUGUUAAGUGAGCGAACGAAUCGAAAAGAGAUCGAAAUAAACGACAUAAAUAUUAGUAGAAAA